GGUAUUGUUAUUUUUCCCAGCGAAAGUUCAAUUGAAUGUAGUGCAAAGCAACUAAAAAGCACAUUUCCAUCAAAACUCUAAUCUGCAGCAGCCAGUAUCAGCUGGAGGACUGAAGUCCAGCGGCUUGACAAAGCAAACAAACAGAAGCAAGAUUUUGGACUUUUAUGUUUUCUUCAGCUUUAAUCAGAGGAACAAGGCGUGGGUUUUCCUGCACAUUUAAUAGAGAUAGCUUAUUCUGGUUAUGCUGUCUAGUUGAACAUGUUCCGACCAUUGCAUCAUGCCCUACCACAACUUCAUAUUUCUGGUCUUUCACUCCAGAUAAGUGUAUAUAUCAAAGAACUUACAGAACACCAAGCCAUCUUUCAGGAGUUUCCUCCUUAGCUUCUCGAUCAGGUUUUCUUUUAAUGCAGAGAUCAAAUAUCUUUGGAAGCCAUGAUAUUCUGGGAAGCUGGCUCCCUGCCAGAUACAUAAGUAAUGAAUCAGUUGAGCUGAAGACUCACAAUGAUGUCAUUCGGUUCUCUCUAGGCAAGUCUGAUGAUAUUGAUAAUGCAAAGAAGAGCCAGCUGAACAAAAAAUUUAAAAUGUCUAGAAAGGCUAAACUGAAUGAGCUGAGGUUCUAUCGUUUGAAGGCCAAGAAAAAGAUGAAUUCCCCAAAUCCAGAAGUUAGAAUUAGAUAUAAGCUUGAAAAGGCCAAGCGAAAGGAAACUUGGUUGAUUGAGAAGCUACGGAAAUUUGAUGUACCCAAACCCCCUCCAGAAACAUAUGAUCCUGAAAUUUUAACUGAGGAGGAGAGGCAUUACCUGAAGCGCACUGGUGAGAGAAAAAAACAUUAUGUUCCAGUUGGGAGACGAGGAGUGUUUGGUGGGGUAGUUCUUAAUAUGCAUCUUCACUGGAAAAAUCAUGAAACGGUAAAGGUUAUCUGCAAGCCUUGCAAACCAGGGCAAGUUCAUGAAUAUGCUGAAGAGCUUGCUCGACUGAGCAAAGGCAUUGUGAUUGACAUCAAGCCCAAUAAUACUAUCAUUUUUUACCGUGGAAAGAACUAUGUAAAACCAGAAGUAAUGUCACCUCCAAAUACAUUAUCAAAAGCGAAGGCCUUGGAGAAAUAUAGGUAUGAGCAGUCCCUUGAGCAUACUAGCCAGUUCAUUGAAAAGUUGGAGAAAGAGCUUGAAGAGUAUCAUCAACACCUUGCAAAGUUUAAAAAAGGGAAAGAGGAUACUGCUAAAGAUGGAUUGGGGAAGCGUGACUCUAUCUAUGCUGGACACAAAAUGUCACAUACAUGAGGCUCAGACAACCUUAUCUUGUUUGCUAUUGAGUAACUAUAAGUGCGAGUUUCUGGUCUACUACUGUAAUGAUUUCAUCAGCUACACUACACCAUUAGGGUAGAAUGUCAAGCAUCACACAUAUUCCAAGGUCCUGUUCAUUAUUGGAGAUGUCAAUGAUUGAAGAAGGAUUUCUCAAACCCAUUCCCCGGAUGCACUGAAACAAAGUUCAACAUGACUUGCUCUGUAACAAAUUUCAUAACAAAGGUUUAGCAAGUGUUGUUGCAUUUAGGUUAGGACGGUGGAUGAUGUCACUAUCAAUAUGGCUACGGCCAAUACCUCCAUGAUAAGGCUACCCAUAUCAAAUGUUUAUGGCAAGCUAUUUGUCUUUAUGCAAGUACAGAUCAUAACAGUUUCCCAAUGCACAUUGGUAGAGUGACUUGUCUUUAAUCAUACGAGGGUCUUCCAUGUCUCUCGCUCUUUUGUUGGUCCAAUGAAAAUAACUUAAUUUCAAGCUAUAGACCUCACUAGAAUUCACACAACCAAAGAUAAUAAACAGGAAAGUUUUGUAAUUAUCCUUCAUUCACGGAGUCUUAUUAUUGGCCCUGGAUCUCGUUUUGACAAUGACGUUCAUGUGCAGAUGUGGAUUAUUCAUCCCGAAGCUUUAGAGAUCCAUACGAAAAGGAUUCUCAUCUUGUCCCCCCUUUUCAGUGCCCGGCGGGUAUUCAGACCAAGAUUUCAGUUCCCAUCUUAUCUCAAUCACCUAUUAUUUGAUUCCUUUCUAUCCAUAUUAUGCAUAUCUAUUUUUCUUGGUGACGUAGAUUUGUAGACAAUGACCACAAGAAUUAACUCUAUAAGUCUGAAAAUUUAGUUUGUUA